AUGGCCGACAAUAUUGCUAGUGAUAUUGUGGUAACGAUGUUGGAGCCCAUCAGAGACAGCUUGUACAAAAUCAUCAGGCGUCAAUUUGGUUAUUUGUUCCACUACAAGGAAAACAUUAAAGAUUUCGAAGAUGAAGUUAAUAAACUCAGAGACGCAAUGACUAGUGUCCAAACAAGGGUGGAUGCAGCAUUGAACAAUGCUGAAGUCGUUGAGGAUAAUGUUUCGAGGUGGCUGACCGAAGUGCAGAGCUCACUGCCCACGAUGGAAGAAGUCAGCAACAGAUUACAGCAAGGCACAGAAAAUCUCAAGUGUAUUGAUGUAUGCUCGCGGUACCGGAAUGGUAAGGAAGGAAAAAAAAAGAAGAAUAUUGUUACCAAGCUUAUAGAGGCUGGCAAUUUUGACUCCGUUGGACACCGACCUCCUCUCACUGGUAUUUGGCACAAAACAUACAGCCUAAACUAUGAGAAUUUUCAAUCCAGGGAGUUUGUUUUUGAGAAGAUCAUGAAGGCACUUGAAGAUCAUCGGAAUUACAAGAUUGGGAUACAUGGAAUCCCAGGUGUUGGAAAAACAAGGAUGAUGAAGGAAGUUGCCCUACAAGCUGAAAAAGAUCAGCUUUUUGAUGAGAUUGCCGAGAUAGUUUUCACCCAGAAUCCAAAUCUGAAAGAAAUUCAACAGAAACUUGCAGAAGGUUUGAAUUUGACAUUAGAUAAAGAAUCUGAAGAAGCGAGGAAGGGCCUGCUACUCAAUAGAUUGAAAGGCGGUAAGAAGAUUCUUGUAAUGAUCGAUGAUAUUUGGAAUGAUAAAAUUGAGUUGGAGGACAUAGGAUUUCCAGCUACCAAUGAUCAUGUUAAGGGUUGCAAAAUUUUAUUCACCUCUCGGCGCCAAGAUGUGUGUAAAGAGAUGGGGGUUCUUGAAAAUGAGAACUUUGAAAUUGGACUCUUAUCGGAAGAUGAAUCAUGGUCCCUAUUCGAGAAGAAGGUGGGAGAUUCUAUCGAACCUUAUGAAAUGCGUCUUGUAGCGGAAGCAGUGUGUAAAGAAUGUGCAUGUUUGCCCUUGGCAAUACUUGCAAUUGGAGGAGCAUUAAGGAAUAAGAGUAAGCAUAUAUGGGAAAAUGCACUUGAACAUUUGAGAAAUUCCACGGGAGAGAACAUUGAAGGAAUGUCAGCAAAACUCUAUUCACGCAUAGAGUUAAGCUACAACUAUCUGGAGCUUGUUGAUGCGAAGUCAAUUUUUUUGCUUUGUUGCUUGUUCGGAGAAGAUGCUGAGAUUUCUAUUGAUGACUUGGUCAGCUAUGGAUUGGGAAUGAGGCUUCUCCGAUGCAAGGAUACAAUGAAAACAGCUAGGAAUAGAGUUCAUACAAUCGUUGAUACCCUCAAGAGAUAUUCUCUGCUACUAGAAGGUAGAAAUGAAAACUUCGUGAAAAUGCACGAUGUCAUUCGAGAUGUGGCUAUAUCAAUCUCAUCAAAAGAAGGUGUCAUGUAUCUAGUGAAAGUAGGUGUGGAAAAGUGGCCGGAGGAGGAUGAAGGUAAAAGUUGUAGAGGAAUCUCAUUAAGGUUCGACAAGAAUUUUGUGCUUCCCAGUGAUUCAGAAUGUCCGGAACUGCGCACGUUAAUGUUGGAAUGCAUCGGUGGUUCAUCAGAAGUUCCGAGUAGCUUUCUUGAAGGGAUGGAGAAGCUUGAAGUUUUACAUUUGCGUGGCAUGUGCAUCUCGACAGUACCAUCGUCACUUCAAAAUCUUCGGAUGUUCAGGCUAUACAAGUGCAAAUUGGUGAACCUAGCUUUUCUCAAGGAGUUACAAAAACUUGAGAUACUAAGCAUUCAAUAUGCUAGUCUGGAAGAGUGGACUCUGGAUAUAGGAAAUAUGUCUAGUCUGCACUCGUUGGAUGUGAGAGGCUCUCACAAGCUCAAAAUCCUUCCAGGUGUCAUAUCAAGUCUAUCGCAGCUUGAGGAAUUUCACAUUACAGGCUUUGACCAAUGGGAGAUUAAAGGCAAUGCAAGCCUGGUUGAACUAAAUUCAUUGACUCGCUUAAUCAGUUUGCAAGUUGAAGUGCCAAAUGUCAAGUUACUGCCCAUCAGUGAGCUCCUGUCUAAGUCGUUAAUCAGAUUUCAAAUAUCCAUUGGCCAAGAAUUUCGACAGAGCUACUAUUACUUUAGUAAUUCUUUUGACAGUUCUAUAAUAAAUUCGACAGAGCUACUAUCAAGGAUAUUGAAACUAGUGGGAAUUCCAUUGAAGAGGGAGCUUCACAUUUUGAUGGAGAAAGCUGAAGUGCUACGUUUAAAAAAACUGGAAAUUUUAAAGAAUGUGAGUCAAGACAGAGAUGGUGAGGGGUUUCUAGACUUGAAGUAUCUUGGAGUUGAGGAUUGUAAGGGGAUAGAACAUUUAUUUGGCAGACCAAAUUUGAAUUCAAGGACCAUCGGAUCACGUGUGCCUUGUUCUUUUAGUAAAUUAAGUAUUUUGGAAGUAAGAAUGUGUCGAUCGAGAUAUCUCUUCUCCGCAGCCGCAGCAAGAGGCUUUCUGCAACUCCAAGAAUUAAGUAUAUUUAACUGUGAAAACUUGGAAGAAAUAGUUGGAGAUGACAAUGAAAUCAUGGAUACAGUUACUUUUCAUCAAUUAAAGAAAAUGGAGUUGUCGUUUCUACCAAAACUGAGAAGCUUCAAUGCCAAUACGAAGACGCCAGCUGAAGAAUGCAAUGUGUCCGGCCUUGCACAACUGUUUAAUGAUAAGGUUAGGUUCCCAGCCUUGGAGGAAUUGAAGAUUAAUAAUUUGAAAAGCCUCACAGCAAUAUGGGACAACCAAUUAUUCCUAGGUUCACAAGCAGAAGAUUCCUUUCUGCAGCUGAGGCUCAUUCAAGUGUAUAUGUGUGAGAAACUAGUUAAUGUCAUUCCACCCAAUGUACUCCCGUUGUUACAGAAACUUGAAAGUCUCAGAGUUAAUUUAUUUGAUUCAAUUGUAUCUGGAGUUGAAGUGGUUGCUAUUGAAGAAGGUGGUGAUGAGAUCGUCAUGUUUCCUCAAUUAAAGACCAUGGAACUUUCAAGUUUGCCAAAUUUCAGUAGUUUCUGCUGCUUCAGAAAUGAAAAAGAAAGCAUAUUGAAGGAGAAUAUUCCUCAACGAGAAGCUCUCUUCAACCACAAGGUUAAAUUUCCUUGCUUGGAGGAGUUGGUUAUUGUGGGAAUGAACAAGUUAUUAAAUGUUGCUUCAACAGAACCACUUACAAGUUUCCAGAACCUAAAAGUGCUCCGUGUGGAACACUGUGACUCCCUGCAAGAGGUAUUUAAAGUUGAAGGGUCAAAGGGAGCAGAAGAAACAGGUGCAAGCUAUAAAGGUAUGGGAAAAGAAGUGGAGAACAAUCUUGUGUUCCCUCAAUUAAAUGAAGUGGUCUUUGAACGCCUACCGUCCCUGACGAGCUUUUGCGGCAGGAAUUGCAUUUCUGAAUUUCCAUCCGUAAUAAAAAUAACAGUAGAACGCUGUCCCAAAUUGGAGAUGUUUCCUUGCCGAUACCUGAAAAAUAUUGAACCAUUGCCGAACCUGAAUAUUGUGGAGCUAAAUACAGUGGAUGCCCCCUUACAAUCAUUGCCAAAUGAAGUGGUUGAAUUUCCUAUCUUGGAUACAUUGAUACUGAGUGAUGAGUGCAUUUGCGAAGGUACUUGCCAUGUCCUUCCCUUUUGCAAAGUAAUAAGAUCCCUGGAGGUGAGCUACUGCAAAAACUUAGUAAAUGCAUCUACCCAGUUGCUACAGCGGUUUGAGAAUAUCCAAAUGCUCACUCUAGAAUCUUGUUACUCAUUGGAGGUUAUCUUCAAUCUUGAAGGACUUCCGGUGUUUCACAGCCUAACAUCUUUGAUAGUUAAAAGAUGCAAGAGGCUGAUGUAUCUAUUCUCACUCUCAAUAGCAAGAAGUCUCACACAACUCAGGAAUCUAAGUAUUCUUAAUUGUGAUGUGAUGGAAGAAAUACUUAAAAAUGAAGGAGGAGGAGAAGAUGCCACGGAUGAAAUUGUGUUCUCUCAGCUAGGGUAUCUGGAACUUUCAUUUCUACCAAACCUCACAUGUUUUUGUCAGGCAAACAAUGCUUUUAAAUUCCCAUCCUUGACGUGUGUUGAUAUAAACAACUGUCCAGAAUUGAAGACUUUCACAUCUGGAUACUUAAGCCCACCGGAUGUAAAAGUAUGGAUAGAUAGGAAGCCAAAUCAUAUAAGUGAGCUAAAUAAUUAUUUGCAGCAAUCUCGGAAAGGAAAGGGAGUAGCAGCAAAGGAUAAUAAUGAUGAAGAAACAAGUUAA